AUGUCACCUUUCACAACUUUGCUUGGUGUUGUCGGUCUAGGCGCUUUGGCACUUUGGCAGGAGUUCCAGAACGCACCCACGGCCCUUCAGAAGGGGGCUCUCGAUCUACUUUUCAGCCCUAUCAAAGGUGCCGGGUUCAGCAUCAUCCGCAAUCGCCUUGGUUCCGGCGGCAAAGGAGACAGCAUUCUUCCCACGAGCCCUGGAUCGCCUGCAGGUAAGCCGACUUAUACCUGGGGCAACGACGAUAGCGGUCAGGUAUGGUUCACAAAGCAGGCCGUCAGCUAUGGGGUGAAUAAAAUCUACACUGACGCUUGGAGUGCUCCUGGAUUCAUGAAGACGAGUGACACUUAUGCGGCACAACCGGCCAUGCCUGCUCCUCUGGCGAUUGGCGAUAAGCCUAUGCCGACUUCCUCGUGCAGCUUCCUUAACGAGCCCGACUUCUCCCCUGAAUACUCUCAGAUGCAAAUAAGCUUCAAUGCCCAGGAGGCCAUCUUUUUCAUCCCCACUCUGUCCAAAGCCGUUCAAUCUGCCGGUCUCAAGACCGCAGUCACCUGCUGUGAUGCUGUUGGCUGGGCUUCAACCGUCAAAUACACCAACGCUCUCGUUGCCGCUGGUAUGGAAUCCUACUUGGGUCUAAUCACCUCGCACACCUACUCAGGCGACGCCAACACCGCUCUCAACACUGAGUUGUCUUCUUGGGUCACCGAAUCUAGCAUCACGACAGUCUUUGACCUGACCUGGUUCAAGAAUAGAGGCGCCACAGAGGGCAUGACCUGGGCCAACAAGAUUGCCGUUGGCAUCAUAAAUGCCAAUCUCUCUGCCUAUCUUGCCUGGGAGGGCUUUGAACUCAAGCAGCUGCAGUACAAUUCCCACCUCGUCGAUACGCAGGAUGGUAAGACCGCGACGCCGUCGGCUAACUUCUGGGCAUUCGCCAUGUGGUCGCGGUACAUCCGACCCGGCGCGCAGAUAUUACAAACGUCGGGCAUGGUGGCAUCCGACGUCUUGACCACAGCAGUCAAAAACAAAGAUGGGUCUAUUGUGAUCAUCUCCACAAACAAUGGCAGCGCUGCUAAGGCUGCCAACGUCUCACUCAAGGGGUUCACUCCCAAGGCUGCAAGCGCAUGGGUCACUGACAACAGCCACAAGCCCGCUUCCACGACGGCCAGCAUCUCGGGCUCAGGGGUAUCCGUCGCUGUUCCUUCUAAGGGCGUCGUCACUGUUAAGUUAACUUGA